AGCCCACGAGCAGAAUUUAGUAAUUAAAUUUAUAAGAAAAAUCCUUGUCAGCGGUUAACCGUUCCGUUAUAUAAUGGUCAAGCGCAAUCAUGGCAACUACUGCGACAUUGGGACAAAAAAGACAAAGGAAAAGCGAUGAUUGCUCGGCGAUGUCGCUCGAAACGGCUGCCAAAAAGCCUCACAAAGAACCUUCACCUAUCCAACAACUGUUCCAAACUUUUCAAAAGGAGUUAGAUCACCGUCAUGAUAAAUAUGAGCGCAUAGUGAAAUGCAGUCGCGAUAUUACAAUCCAAAGUAAACGAACUAUUUUUCUCUUACAUCGUUGCCUGGAUGAGAAAACGCGAGCUAAAACUUUAGAAGAAGCAGCAGGAAAGUUUGCUGGGAUCAAAGAGUUGUUCAAAAAGAUUGCCAAAGAACUUUUACAUGAGGAUUGUUAUCAGUUUAUAAGAGCUUAUUCACCUGGCUUGCAAGAGUUCGUCGAAGCAUUCUCAUUUUGGCAUUUCCUCAAGCACAAAACUCUCGUUCCGUUUGAAAACAUCUGCAAAGAACUCGUCUUUGAAAAUGAUGGUGAAAAAACUGCAUCAGAGGAAGUUCAAAAAGAGGUCCUCAACCCCCCUGAAGGAUCAGCACCACCACAGGCCCCCGGUGUUCCUGGUCAGACCAUUCAGGUUCCCAUCCCCCCUGCAGAAUACAUCCUUGGAAUAGCAGACCUCACUGGAGAGCUUAUGCGACUAGCUAUAAACAGUGUUGGCCAGGGGAACCUCAAAACGCCGACAGAAAUUUGUGAAAUGCUGCGUAACAUACAUGAUGAAUUUAUCAUGUUUGAAAAUCAGCAAAGAGGACUUUCUAAGAAACUAGAAGUUUUAAAAAAUAGUUUAAAGAAAGUAGAAAACACUUGUUAUAAUAUUCAUAUCCGAGGUUCAGAAGUCCCGGAAAAUAUGUUGGCUAAUCUGAUAGCCUCAAGCAACGAUUCUUCUGCUGAUGGGCAGUAAACUGCAUUUUUCAUCAUGUUAAUUCGAUUGCCUCUCGUGUUCAUAUUGUAGAGUUGAUUAAUAAAUGUACAACUUCCU